UAAAUAAAAGCGCAUUAAGCCUUUGAACACGGCGAUGAGUAAAAUAAUUGCGGAUUUGGGAUUUGAUUUGUCACAAACAAAACAACACAAAAACAGAGCCCUGCCACGUAGGCUGAUCCAGCAUGAAAGUGGGGCCCGCUUCCAGCCCACAACAUCCGUGAUUAGUGCUGGAGACAGCGGCGCGUCGCGUGCACGCACCCACCAUAUCCUAAUCUCCAAGCCUCUCUCUCUCACAACCUCAAAACUCUAAACCCUCGCUUAAAUCCCCCUUUCCUCUUUCUAAUCUUCACAUUCUAGAGAGAGAGAGGAGAGAGAGGCAAUACAUUACACGUCAAUUCAAUUCAAUGGCGUCGCCACUGCUUCAGCUGCUCGCGCUCUCCGUCCUCCUCCUACUCGGCCCCGCCGCCGAAGCCGCGGGGAAGGGGCGGCGGAGCCAGCCGUACCUGAGCACCACGUACUACAGCAAGUCCUGCCCCAAAUUCGAGAAGAUCGUGCAGGACACCACCACCGACAAGCAGAUCUCCUCCCCCACCACCGCCGCCGCAGCGCUCCGCCUCUUCUUCCACGACUGCUUCGUCGGCGGAUGCGACGCCUCCGUCCUCGUCUCCUCCACCCGCUUCAGCAAGGCCGAGCGCGACGCCGACAUCAACCUCUCCCUCCCCGGCGACGGCUUCGAUGUCGUCGUCCGCGCCAAGACCGCGCUGGAGCUCAACUGCCCCGGCGUCGUCUCCUGCGCCGACAUCCUCGCCGUCGCCACCCGCAACCUCGUCGUCAUGAUGGGCGGCCCCUUCUACCCCGUCAAAUUAGGGCGCAAGGACGCACUAGCCUCCCGCGCCGCCGACGUCGAGGGCAAUCUCCCCCGCCCUACCAUGCCUAUGUCUCAAAUCAUCCAGAUUUUCCAAUCGAAAGGAUUCUCGAUCCAGGAAAUGGUCGCAUUAUCCGGCGCUCACACCAUCGGAUUCUCGCAUUGCAAGGAGUUCAGCUCCAAUCUCUACAACUACAGCAAAACCUCCGAAUCCGACCCGGCCUACUACCCCGAAUUCGCGAGAUCGCUCCGAAACGCCUGCGCCGACUACCACAGAAACCCUACCCUAUCCGUAUUCAACGACGUCAUUACGCCUAACAAAUUUGACAACGUGUAUUACAACAAUGUGAAGAAAGGAUUGGGGCUGAUGUCAUCGGAUCACGGAUUGAGCUCGGAUCCGAGGACCCGAGGGUUCGUGGAGCUGUAUUCGAGAGACCAGAACGCCUUCUUCCGCGCAUUCGCGAGCGCGAUGCAGAAGCUCAGCGUCUAUGGCGUCAAGACGGGGAGGAGAGGAGAGAUUAGGCACAGGUGCGAUGCUCUAAACUUUUGAAGACGAAAAAAAAAAAAAUUACUACUAAUUUGGGCUACUAUUUGUGUUGUUUUCAUUCUUUUUUUUAACAAUUUUCUAGUGGCGUAAUCAAAUGUGUGUAUUUAUACGGAAUUAUUGAAUAUUAAUACAGUUUUUGUAUCAUUUUGAGGGUUUCCCAUAUGCAAAAUGAGCUUGAGAUCUUA